AUGGUAGUUUCGGCCGAUUGUUUGGGGCCCAGCAGCCUACCGCAGCUGGCUCAAACUGUGGCCAUCCCAACAACGUCUAACAAUGAAUUUGAUGGUAACCAGUCAUUGCAGUCUGCAGAAUCAUCAUCGCAAUCCACCAUCUCUACUAUGGCUGUCGGCAUUCCAAACAGUGGAAAAAGCACGCUUAUCAACGCAUUGAGAUCUGUUGGUCGUGGCGGACCUGGUGGAGCGGCGCGUGUGGGACGAAUGGCUGGUCAGACCCGUUCUGUUGGGCAACCAGUUGUGAUAAGUCGUGGGGCUCCAGGCACCGUUUCAAAUCGGUUGGAAUGGUUGGAUGAUUCGGUCCAGUCUUCAGACUUUCGCAUUGUGAUGUUAGAUACGCCAGGCAUUCUGGAACCGAAAAUCCGAAGUUUGUCGGAGCAGCUGAGCUUAUGUGUUUGCGGUGCCGUUGAUUGGGGUCUGGUUAGUCAGGAACUCCUCGUGGAUUAUCUAUUAUUCUGGUGGAAUCAUCGUAAAAAGACAGAGUACGUGUCAGUCCUCGAGUUGCCCGGUCCGACAGAUAACAUAGUCGAGCUGCUUUCUCGGGUUUGUGCCCGAAACUCAUUUUUCGCUUCUGGAAGUGGGUCGCAACGUCCGAUUCCCAGAUCACGUUGGUGGGAAGCUUGUGAGGUGGAAUCGUUAGAUGACUUGAAUAUGUGUUCCAGUUCCACACCUCGACCUGAUUUCAGAAGAGCAGCAUACCACAUUUUACGGCUUUUUAACAAAGGUGCCUUUGGCCGAACUACCUUUCUUCCUUCUGAUGAGGUUGCGGCUGCUAAGUUUUUUGUACCUGCCACUCGCAAACCACUUGAUGCUUCCUCAAGAUAUUCAUAGUUCACCGU